UCCAAUAUGUACAUGUUUCUGUUAUUACUCUUUCUCUCCUCUAGUCCAAGAAUGUGCCAACCUCCUGGACUCAACUUUAUGAAGUACUACGAGUACCCUCAGGUCGGAGUGCUCAAGUUCGCAGUGCUCGUAAGGACUAAGCAGGAGUUCUGCUCCGGAGUGCUUUUGAGUGACAGUUGGGUGUUGACCGCGGCUCACUGUGUCGUUCAAGAUGAGCGUUCAGCGGGAGACACAGGGGUGACUGUGAAAGCCGGUGUCAUCGAUAAGAUGGACAUCUCUGGACGGUCUCAGGAGAGGACGAGUUCUGAAGUAGUGGUCUACCCGGACUUCAAAGAGAAGAUGAUUUCAAAAUUUGAUAUUGCACUCAUCAAGGUAACUGAACCCUUCGACCUGACCACAGACUCCGUGGACAUUGUGGGCAUCUCUAACCAGUCGUGGCCUCUGGAGCCUAACUUCUUCAGGACCUGCGUGGGUUUCGGGUUCGGCAAUAUACCGUCCGUCGACCGCUCCGAACCCCAGAGAGAAAACCAAAUGAGGCUCAAGAUGUGGACGACCACGGCGGUACACAACAAGGAGGCCUGCCCUUGCACUAAGAGGUUUCACUGGAGGCGACUCAUCUGCCUGAGGGAGACCGAUGAGAUCGAGUUGUGUCAGGGUGACGGAGGUGGAGGACUGGUGUGCUUCGAGGGUCCUAAUCCUUUCAAGGGCAGCGACCACAAGGACUCCAUCAAGAAGGCUGAGCUGUUCGGGAUAGCUCACAUGACCAUGGACAAGUACAUGUGCAUGGUCACCCGUGAGCCUACCCCAGGAUGUGCCAAGAUUCCUACCAUCAGCGCCUACAUGUACCUGUGUCCUUUCAAAUCCUGGUUGGCCAACUAUGUUCCAGGUGUUGCCUUUAACACUGUCAGCUGUCAAGGGUCUAAGCUAUUGGACGCGGCAGAGACCAUGGUUCUGGUGACCUUCUUAAGCUUACAGUAUUUGUUUCUUAUUUACAAUUGAUAAAAUUGAAAAA